UUCAACUCUUUCAGAUUCUCAUUUCUGUACCCUGAAACUCCUUGUCGUCAAGUGAGCUCUUUUUUACCGUAUCACUUUGUGAUGACUGUGGACGAUGCUGUUCUCAAUAAAGUACUGAAGUAUGGCAAACUGAUCAAGAAAAAGGAGAAGGUGUCUCAUGCUUUGGCAAGAUUGAACAACAUUGAUAUGACGCUGGAGAUAUUGUCUGCUACCAAUAUUGGCCGCUAUGUAAACAGGUUGUGCCAUGAUGCAGAAUAUGGUCGCGAUGCAUCCAAAAUUAUCGAAAAAUGGAAGGAGAUUGCUCGACAAAGUGGUGUCAGGGGUGGUGAUGAAGACCGCAAUUCCGAGGACGAUCAUCCUCAACAAAAUGGCUCUUCAGAUUCGAUUGAAUCAGAUGAGCAUGGAUCAUAUCUUAUGAAGAGCGAUGAUGCUCAUCAAGAUUCUGAACAAUAUAAUCACGAGGAUGCUUACAAAGGUGAAGACUCUGACGAGGACUCUCAUAGCCGUCGUUAUAAACGUGAAGAGAAGUCCAGAGAUCACUACGAAGACACCGAAACAUCAGGGCAAAGGCAAUACUGCGACGAUAGACGAAGCAAUCACUCUCAUGACGAUGCAGAUUCUGAUAGUGCUUAUCACGAUUACGAAGACAAUCAUGAUCAACGGCGCACGAAUGACUACGAUAGUGAUGGUGCAGGUCAAACACUUGAUAGGCCAUGUUCAUCUCGUGCUAGCGACGCUAAGGAUUCGAGAAAAAGGCACCACAAUGCGGAAGAGCGAACUUCAUCCAAGCAGCUUUCGAAUGAAACGAAGAAAGUCAAAGCAAGCAAGGUUGUUACUGAGUUCGACAUGAUAUUGCAAAGUGCGGACACCGGACACCCCAAACAUAAAAAAGUGCGAGAUGCACACAUUAAGUGGACCGAAAUGCCUGUGUUGACGAAUUACCAGCCAUUUCCGCAGGCUGUGCGAGUAGCAAAAGAUGCUAAUACGUCUCCCGCUGAUGAUUUCAACCCAGAAAAUAUGUUCAAACCACGAAAUGAGCGUGGCAAAGUAUUCGCUGGGCGUCGAAAAAGCACUCCAUUAAUUGUACCCUCAUUGUUCAAUAUCUGCCUGAGGGUACUCUCUAACAAUAUAGGAGUAUUGCUCUAUGCCGAGUACAUCCCUUAUGAUGUGUUGAAGCCGGUACUGGAGAAAUGUACUGAUGAAGAACUGGCCAGUAUUGAAACAAAGCACCCGUACAUCGAAGAUGAUUCGGGCGAGUUGUGGCAGCGGCUCGUUUCCAAAAAGUAUCCAGGAGAGGAGCCAGAUACUGAUGGUUCUUGGAAAGAAUUGUAUUACUACCUCGAAAAAGAAAAGGAAGAAAAAUUGAAACGUUUGAGCCAACGUAUCGGAAAGAUGCAUCAAGCUGAUUCAGCCAAAGGGCAAAGAAAGACGUUGCUAGCUGAUGCAACUGCUCCUCUUUCCGUGAGGCGACGGCAAAUGCAGCACGGCAUUGCGCAUGUCUCCCGUCCACUACCUAGCGCAAUUGAAGUAUCCAGCGCUCGUAGGAAGAUCUUCGAGACUGGAGGUUCUAAAGCGGCUUUGUCCACUUUACCUUCAGCUGUUGUGAACCGCAAUUCAACUGUUGGAGCGAAGACUGAUCGUCACGCAAAAAAACCACCAGCCAAGAAAGGCGCGCUGAUGAUCAAAACCAUGAAAAUGUUGAAUAUGAAGCGCAAAUGAUGCGGAUGAUUUGCUUGCUUGGUUAGCUGCAGCAUUUCGACGGCAGGUUCAGGCAUUUUGCAUGAUUCGUUGCUCGUACUUCUUUUCGGUGUGCUUCGUCCGGAAACGUCUUCGUCGAGGUUUGUCCGGAGAAGGUUCGUGUUCCUUCUGAAUCAGUGAGCGCUGUGUCCCUGGACGUGUUUCAUAGUAAGAGCUAUGUCAUUUCUGACAUGUACGGCUGUGUCACAUCACUAAUGUACAUAUCGUCGUUCUUAGAUCAGAGUUCUCCAUUCGUACACUUCAAAUGGUCAUGAUUCUUUUUGACAUUAUUAUACAUAUAGAUAUGUUCCCCUAGUUGUGCUAUUGGGUUGUAUUUAACUAAAGGUACGGUGAUAUUGUCGUUUUUGCGAGUACAGCUGUAGCCCAACAUUUGCUCAGGCAUGUUCCCGUAUAAUGCAGAUUUUUUUUAGAUUUUGGUAGAUAGUUAAAUUAAUUAAGCCAGCGAGGCUUUUCUUAGAUGUUUGACUGAUCAUCGCUGCAGUUUUCGUAACUUUUAUGCUCGACCUUUCUAGCAAAUGUGCAGUUUCUGAGGCAUAAUCAAAUGAGACUUCGGCAUCGGCGAAAACAACGUAGGUAUCCAUUUUCCGCUAUCAUCUAUACAAAACUUUUGCCUUACAAUGUUGAAGGAUAGAGUGAGGAAAAGAAUACCGUUUUCUUAAACUGCGCUUAUAAGUUAAUUUGCACGAAUGUUAUUAUUUAUCUGUAGGAUUUUACGAAAUUAGGUACAAAACAGAGUUAGGUUUAUCAUUUUAUUGCGCGGUAAUCUUGGGCAUGUACUAGUAAUUUUUAUAAGACUAAUGGGUUUCAUAAAUUGUUAAAGCUACUUGUUAGUUUCAUAAUUUUCUUUCCGUUUUCAUUACUUUUAUCCGUUUUCAUUACUGCAAAUCUUGUACGCUCCUUUGGUAAAUUUGUGAGUUUAACUUCAUGUAUUCAGCUUCGGUGACCGUAUAAUCAAGUUGGUAACAUUCGGUCUGUUAUGUGGUUGUUUACGUUUAUGGUGUAGUUUGUUGCUUUGCGUGAAACGAUUACGCGUAUUUAUUUGUCUUUCUAACAUACCAGAUUGUCUUGAUGUGAUACGCUUCUGUGUGACUGGUUUUCUAGUGAAUGGCAUAUAAUUUUGAUGAGUAAAUCCGGAUAAUUUUUGUCUUAACAUAUCCACAAAGAAGAAGGGUUGUGAUUUGUAAGUGGAAAGAGGAGACUGCCGCACAGUAACUUCUUGUUCUCUGUCGUUGAGAUCGAAAAACGCUAUGUGGAAGCAGUGUAAAACCUA